AUGUCCAUGGAUCACUUGCUACGAGCCGAGGAGCAGAAGUUCGUUUCGCCUGUUGUUUUCUUUGAGUUAGUUUUUUUUUUAAGUUCAAAUUUAGCUAUUUCAAGAGAUGGAAAAAUUAUUUUGCAGUCGGUUUCAAGUGACAGCGGCACGCUGCAGUGAACUCCUCACUGAUCUCAUGUCACGAGAAACUGUAGAGGAGACAUUGGCUUCCACGUCUGGUUUGGAUUUUGUCACUGCAGAAUAUCUUGUUUCUUCUAUUGAGUUCGUUUGCUUGUUAAAAACUUUGUGAUAUUUGUUCAAAAUAGUGUCAGCGAUUUACGUUCCGCUGAGAGCGUCGCAGUUCUCACUGAGGACGUGGAUUGUCAUGGACUGUCUUCUCAGAGGUUUUCUUUUCCUCAGUCUACGUCUCACAUAUUUCUAUUGAGAAUUUUGAAAUCGGAAAAUUCACGAAGAAAAAAUCCACAGUAUAAGUCCAUUGCGUUGCGGGCUUUGAAAUACGAUCACAUCAAAGACGGCGUUUUGGCGCGUAAAUCGCCUUACAAAAAAGGUUUAAUUUUUUAUGCAACCGAAAAGGCCUUAGAUACUGAAACUCACUUUGGAAAUAAUAGAUUGAAAGGUCGCACGUCAAUUGAAGAUUUGAAAUAUGUAUAGAGAAAAAUUCAAAUGUAGGGCGGAGGAGAGAAAAAAUUUCUCCAUAUUUUCCGGAUUCCUUGUAAUUUAUUGUUCACUUUCAGGGAAGAACUCACGUUUCUCCUAAGGAAUGAGUUAGUAAAAAGGGCCUGUUGAUUGAAAUUUUUAGAAAACUCUGUAUCAAAAAUUUUUAAGCUCCUCACAUGACUGAAGCUUGGAAAAAAUAUCUUCAAUGUAACCAUUUUAUGUUAAGAAAGACAAUCGGAAAAAAUAAUUUUUGUCAAAAAAUUUUUUCAGAUAAGCCAGGCCAAAUGAAAAAAGAGACUGAAGACGGAGUUAUGAAAGAAGAGAUGGACAGUUUCGAUAUGAUGGACAGCGCGAAUAACGAGCUUAUCAAAUUGGAGACCGAGGAUUUGAGUUAUAAUGAGGAGAAACUUGUUAAACUGGAGCCAGAUGAGCCGUUGAACGUCGGAGAGCCCCUUAUUCCAGAUGAAUUCCAUAUACCCUGGCUAGACGUAAGUUUCGUUUCUCCCCGAACUGCUUUCUUAUAAGAAAAAAACUUUCUUUUAACAGUGUUCUAAAACAAAUUUUUCCAGUUUUACACUAGCAUAAUGAACCCCCAAGAAAAAUGAAACCAGAGCAUAGAAAAAUCUAUUUACUUCAUGAAAGUUAGUCUUUAAACUACAUAAAAAAUCUGGCAAAAAAAAUAAUGUGCUUUUAUUUCGUAAGGUUUUUUUUUCAAGACUUUUCUAUUGACUUCUCAACCUAUUCCUUAAUUUAUAUUUUUCAGAAUGACAUUGUCGUUUCUGUUUCGGUUUUCUUCGGCUACAGUCGCGAGCUGGCUUAUCACGAAUUGCGCUUGGGAAGACUCGUGAGCCUAGAAAUGUUCUUCCAAUGAGGAACAACUCGUUUAGCUCAAAGUAACUGAUCGCAUCGAAUUGUGUGGAUCCAACACUUUGCUCGACUUGAAGGAAUCUUUCUCGUGCCCCGUCGAUUAUGCUUUCAUGGAAGAUUUCAGUGAGAAGGUCCCGACGGUCGAAGAUUUUUCCAAGGUUUCAACCAAUUUUUGCCUUGGAAUUAAUCGUAGUCUUUCAGAACAAAUUUCCCUCUUCUUUCUUUUUCAUUCAUGAUACUUUUUAUCUUGAUAUGGAAUCUCCAAACUCCGAAGAUAUCUCUUUGUUAGUUGAUUUCUUUGUUUUUGAUUAUCAGAAACUUGAGACCGAUUCGAGAAUGGAUGAGCUCUAGGGGUGUUUUCGGACCUACCAAGAUCGCUUUGAUGCGCGAUACGAGGUUUCCUCACCCCACUUUUUCCUACUCGAACCUUUCAGAAUGGACCAAAUCAUCGCCAGACUUGGUCAGCCGUACGUCUACAUGCACCAGGGGAUUUGCGAGCACAUUGUCUGCUUCAACGACAUCGUUUUGCGGUGAUUUUUCAACUCGAAUUUGUGAGAAAUAAGUCCUUCUAUAGAGCUCCUUGUGAUUCAAACGAUUUAAUUCUAAUCAAACGUCUCUAUUUCUCACCGUUUUUUAUUAUAAAAGCUAUUUUAACUUUUUGAUUACUCCUUUAUUGGGAUUUUUUGUUGGCAAGAUGUCCGAAAUGUCCCAUUUAGGGACGUUUUCUACAAAAACUGUGAGCUGCCGCGGAGACUCGUCGAACGGAACUUCCGGCGAAUCGCCUGUGGCUGCUGCAAGUGUGACUCGGCCAAGUUUGCUUUAUUGUGAAGCCUUUUCUCUCAUUUUAGAGCACUCCAGAUGGACCGUUAUGAACCACCAUCUUCUGCCUUCACCCAACAUGUUUCUCUGCGAACAGUGCUAUCAGGAGUUUUGUUUCGAGGCCGAAUCUGGGAAAAAGACGUCCGAAUUUGUCGCCGUUCCCUAUUGUGACAGAAAAGUGAGUCACUCAGUUUCUGGCUUAUUUAUAAGUUUGAGAGGAUGAUAUAAAAUUAAAUUUGAAGAUAAGUAUAUCUUUGUAGUUAGAAAUAAUUUAAAAGACUCCGUUUCAGUUUUUGAAGUAUUUUUUAGUAAGGUCUUACUUUUUAGGAAGUCGGUGAGAGCGGUCGUUUCAUUACUACUCGUCGCUUUUGA